GUGGGGGGGCCGCCGCCGCCGCCGCCGCCGCCGCCGCCGCCGCCAUGGGGUGCCUGGGGAACAGCAAGACGGAAGAUCAGCGGAACGAGGAGAAGGCGCAGCGAGAGGCCAACAAGAAGAUCGAGAAGCAGCUGCAGAAGGACAAGCAGGUCUACCGGGCCACCCACCGCCUCCUGCUGCUGGGUGCUGGUGAAUCUGGUAAAAGCACAAUUGUAAAACAGAUGAGGAUCUUGCACGUCAAUGGAUUUAAUGCUGACACAGAGAAAAAAAUGAAAAUUCAAGAUAUUAAAAAUAAUAUUAAAGAAGCUAUAGAGACAAUAGUGACAGCAAUGGGAAAUUUGGCACCUCCAGUUGAGCUAGCCAAUCCAGAGAAUCAGUUUCGAAUUGACUACAUUUUAAACUUAGCUAACCAGAUAGACUUUGACUUCCCACCAGAAUUUUAUGAACAUACUAAAACACUUUGGCAAGAUGAAGGUGUGAAAGCCUGCUACGAGAGAUCUAAUGAAUAUCAGUUGAUUGAUUGUGCUCAGUACUUUCUAGACAAGAUUGACGUAGUCAAACAAAAUGAAUAUACACCAUCUGACCAAGAUCUCCUCAGAUGCAGAGUAUUGACAUCAGGAAUUUUUGAAACCAAAUUUCAAGUGGAUAAAGUAAAUUUUCACAUGUUUGAUGUCGGAGGACAGCGAGAUGAACGUAGAAAAUGGAUCCAGUGUUUUAAUGAUGUGACUGCUAUAAUAUUUGUGGUGGCCAGCAGUAGCUACAACAUGGUUAUACGAGAGGACAAUCAGACCAAUCGGCUUCAAGAAGCACUAAAUCUCUUCAAGAGCAUCUGGAACAACAGGUGGCUACGGACCAUUUCAGUAAUUCUAUUCCUGAAUAAACAGGAUUUAUUAGCAGAGAAAGUUUUGGCAGGGAAAUCUAAAAUUGAGGACUACUUUCCAGAAUUUGCUCGCUACACUACACCAGAUGAUGCAACACCUGAGCCUGGUGAGGAUCCCAGAGUUACAAGGGCCAAGUAUUUUAUUAGGGAUGAAUUUCUUAGAAUCAGUACAGCAAGUGGAGAUGGACGGCACUACUGCUACCCCCACUUUACAUGUGCAGUGGAUACAGAAAACAUCAGAAGGGUUUUCAAUGACUGUCGGGACAUUAUUCAACGGAUGCACCUUCGUCAAUAUGAGUUAUUGUGAUGGAGAGCACUUUUCCUUGUGUUUUGGACUCCUUAAUGCUCGUGUUAAAACAAAACAAAACACAAAACAAAUAUUUGCCCACAUAGGGUAGAAGAGAAUUGAUGCAGUCACCCUCCAAUUUGCACCCUCGCCUUUUUUCCUUGCUGGACAAUAGCAGACUUUUAGCUUGCUUCUGUUUCCCUUGGACAGUUUUUAAAUGGCCAACCAAAUAGGCUAUUUUCACCUGGGUUCCCUAACAUUAUUACUGGCAACAGAAUCAAAUAACAAAUAAAGCCCUGAAUGUGUGAAGCACUAUAAAGGAUUGGGGAAUAAUAAAAGUUAAAAUACACAUACAUACAUACAUACAUACAUACAUACAUACAUACAUACAUACAUACAUACAUACAUAAAUGUGCAUACACAUAUGGAGAGAGAAAUAUUUGUAAUGUAACACCAUUAUGGGCAAACUCAUAUUACCCAUGAUUUCAACUUUUUAUCCAUUCACUGCAUCAGAUGAGAGAAGGUGCCAAGUUACAGACCAAGUUUGAAGAAAGACACCCAAGUUUGGUUCUCUUUGACUGUAAUGUGGCUUUGAACGGAAAUACUGACAAUUCUACAGCAGACCUAGUGCAAAAACUUACUGCUACCUUUCAAAAGGGUAUUUUUAAAUCCAGCUUUGGUGGUCUUAGGACAACCUCGGACAUUAUUAUUUGAACUGCAUACCACCUGUGAUUGCAGAGAGCUCACCACACACUGUUUUCGGUUUGUCCACUGAUGAUCCUGUCUUCUAUAUAUAAAAAUCAUUAACUGGACAGUUGUCCUCACAGGUUUUUUUCUCCCCUUCUUCUUUCUCCUCCUUUCCUCUCCUCCCCUCGUUUUUUUUUUUAUUUUACUGCUGGAUUAUUAUUCUUGUACAGACUGUAAAAUGUAUUAUUUUGUACAACUUUACUGAAAAAAAAAUAACUUGUAGAAGAUCUUUGUGCCUUGAUUAUGGCUGUACCUGAAAAAUGAGCUAAGAUGUAAGUAUGUUUGAUUGCGCUGUACAGCUUUGUCAACCCUAUCUGCAGCAUUAGCUCAUGGUAGGGAAAUUUAUCUGUAGUUUAGUUUUUCUGGUUUAUAAAAGAAGGAAAAAUACUGUUUAGUUUUAAAAAAGUACAAAUUGUGCAAACUUAACCACUUUAAAAGUGAGGUCUUCAACAAGUGACCAGAUGUCGCAGCAUCAUGCUUUUUAAUUUUAGCUUUAACUCAUUUAAAUCUCUAUCCAAAUGCAAAACAUGGCUUGUUUCUACAUAAACCAAAUUUUGCUACAAAUUAUAAAUGUUAGUCUUUGGUCAUUCAUAGUCCUUUUUGCAAAAACAAAAAAAAAAAAGAAAAAAACACAUAGACAUUGUGCAGGUAUGGUGACCCUCUGUAGACUGGGCAGAAUCCCCACCAACCUCCACUAGAUCGAGUGGGCAAAAUACUAUAAAAAGUGACAAGGUGUACACAGCCCUUGUAUUUGGCCACUGAAUUCCAGUUGCAAAUGACAUUUUUAUUUCUCUUUUAAUAAAGAGAUACCUUAGAAAUGUUUGUUUUUAUAUUAACUAUAUAAGUAGCUUAAAAGUGAAAAGAUGUGUGGAUUUUUCUUAAACUUGAAUAAUUUAUGCAAAUUAUAUGCUUAGAACAACAUGUGGUACAGUAAAAAGAAAAAAGAGCAAAAAUCACUGUAGCAAUAAGAAAGCAUGUAAUUUUAGUAACUACUACACUGCUUUAUAUUUUAUACCUAGGUGUUUUAUGUCUCUGUGAGUGUUACUUUUUCACGUGUCUAAACCUUCAUGUACAAUCUGUACAGUCAAGAAUUACAGUUGUAAUAUCAGAUUUAGAACAGUGUUAGCCUAUAUUACUUAAAAAAACCCAACAAACCCAAACCAAUCUGAAUUUUAAUGAAGUGAAUUUAAAACUUGCCUCUUUAGUGAUACUAGCUUUUUCACCAAUAGUUGCUUUGGGGAAGAAAUUCAGGUUACAUGAAAAUUUGGUUGCAAUCAAUGUUUAUAUGAAUAGAUUUGCAACAGGUGCCAAAUACUGGUUUUCAGAAGCCUGUUGUUUAAGAAUUGUCACCAUGUGGUAUGGUUUUUGUUGCUUUUGUUUUAAACUUCUGUCCCAGUCCAGUUCCAUGAUUGUGGAGAUUCUGGAUUUGGUAAUGUUUGUCUUGACUUCUUUUACCCAAGUAGUGAGUCUUGGAAAUCUUCAGGGCAAAGAUAAAUACUUGUGGAAAAUUGCCCCAAUUCUAUGCGUGUGAUAGCUAAUGUGCUUUGAAAAGUUGUUUGUGUAGUUUAUAAGUUCAAGGAAAAGCUGCUGCAUGAACCUCUAAAGUGACAGAAGAUCUUGAUGUACAGUAUUGCUGUGCACUAAAGAAUGUAUCCAGUGCCUGUAGUUUUUAAGAAUUAGGGAAACUUAAUAGGCAAAAGUGGGACCUUAGAGGAAAAUUAAAAAAUAAGCCUUAAUUUUUGUUACCACAGCCAAAAACUUUGAAUCAUAGUGCCAAACUUUUUAAAACUUUAAUUAAGUGUUAAGGGUAUACAAAGUGUUAAGGGUAUAUUCAAACUUCUGAAAAGGCAACAAAGUUAAUCAUGUCUAUGGCUAAUCAUGAAAUAUGAGGAAAGAUAAACUGAAAGACUUUAUGAAUCAUUUCCCAAAUGGUUAAGGAGAGUACCUAUCAUAAAGAAAUACUCAUAACAUUUGAGAUUUGAAAAAAAAAAGAGAGAAACCUUUGUAAGCAAAUCUUAAUGCUAAAUAAUACAAUAUUUACAAAAUGUUCCCCCCCCACAUUUUGUGUGAAGAAAGGCAUAUUUUCCCAACAAAAGGUAUGGAUUGUAUGAUUGUAUACCAUUAGUUUUUUUUUAUCAGUCAUGCAGUUUGUUGGCCUAGUAACACAAGCCUUUUAAAAGUAACUUUUCUAUUGUCUUCCCCCCCCCACCAAAAAAAAAAGUUGAAUCUUUAAAGCUUAUUCAUUAGCAACUUGGUGGGGGAUUUCUGUAACAAAUUUUGUGGCCAUCAAUUUGCUAAUACCACAUUUGAACCAUUCCAAUCUAACACUUUCCCCAUAUCUUCUUAGUCUUAGCCUUGUUUUCUUUUCUAUUUAUUUAUUUUUAAUUUCAAAGACCUUUACCUUUCUGUCUCAGUCACCCAUUUGGGAAUCUUUGACCUUACAGACAAGAGUUUACUCAUUCUAUUCAGUGUUCAUGAUGCUGAAAUGUAAGAUACCUGCAAAUGUAAACACUACCACUUUUAAUAAUAAUAAAAAAUACAGUGUUUAUAGGGACACAUUUGCAUUGCUAUAGUUUAAGGUUGUCAGCAUUUCCAUGAUAAAUCCUUAGGUGGUCUGUCUAUAUCUUGGCACUUAAUAUUUUUCCCCAAGCCAAAAUUUAGCUAACACAAAACAUUGGCUCAGGAAUCAUUUGGUUUUUGGUUUGUAUUUUGGAAUAGGGAAUGAAUACCAAUUUUCAUCCAAAAUUGUUGGUUCGGUUUUAAGUUAUACAACUGUUUUGUUUAGGGGUUGGUUUAAAAAGUAACCGUAAUAAUAAUAAUAAUAAUAAUAAUAAUAAUAAUUACUGGUUCCAAGUUGCUUUUUGACACUUGUAUAACUCAAAAACGGUUUUGUUUUUAGGGGAAAAAAUGACACUUGGCAAACAAUUACCUAUAAAUAUGAUCUGAUCACUUCUGGGUAUUUUUUGUGAAAUAAUAAUAAAUGGUAGAGAUGUUGUGGUUUCAAAAUCA